UGCGCCCCAGCAUGUCCGCGCUCGAGUGGUACGCCCACAAGUCCCUGGGCGACGGCAUCUUCUGGAUCCAAGAGCGCUUCUACGAGUCGGGCAACCGCGCCAACAUCUGGCUGGUGCGCGGCUCGGAGCAGGACGUGGUGAUCGACACGGGCCUGGGGCUGCGCAGCCUUCCCGAGUACCUCUACUCCUCCGGCCUGCUGCGGGACGGCGGGGCCCAGGAGGAUGCGGGGCGCCGGCCGCUGCUGGCGGUGGCCACUCACGUGCACUUCGAUCACUCGGGCGGCCUCUACCAGUUCGACCAGGUGGCCGUGCACCGCGCCGAGGCCGAGGCCCUGGCCCGAGGGGACAACUUUGAGACGGUGACCUGGCUCUCUGACAGCGAGGUGGUGCGGGCCCCCAGCCCCGGCUGGAGGGCCAGGCAGUUCCGAGUGCAGCCGGUGCAGCCGACCCUUAUUCUGCAGGAUGGGGAUGUAAUCAAUCUUGGCGACAGACAGCUGACCGUUAUGCACAUGCCAGGGCACUCCAGAGGCAGUAUUUGCUUACAUGACAAAGACCGGAAGGUCCUCUUCAGUGGCGAUGUGGUAUAUGACGGAUCUCUGAUCGACUGGCUUCCUUAUAGCAGGAUCAGCGACUAUGUGGGAACUUGUGAGCGUCUCCUAGAGUUAGUGGACACGGGACUUGUGGAGAAGGUGCUCCCUGGGCACUUCAAUACCUUUGGUGCCGAAAGGCUUUUUCGCUUAGCGUCUAACUAUAUUUCAAAAGCUGGAAUAUGCCACAAAGUGUCUACUUUUGCCAUGAGGUCUCUUGCAAGUUUAGCCCUCCGUGUAACAAAUUCUAGGACCUCACCCUAGUGUCUGUAAGAUCAUUUGCUGGCAUUAACUGUGUAAAUUAACCCAGUUCCUUUGUGUUGUUUAAAACAGUAACUAGUGAGCAUUUCAAAAAGUGUAUUUAUAUAAUCAUAUUGUGUAAUAGAGGAAAAGAGGAUCAUGAAUGAGGAAGAAAAAAAAAAGCAGUCUUCGCUUUGUAUCUUUUUCUGUUUCCCAAGGAAGAAGCCACUUAAAUGAGCUUGUAGUUGGCCAGUUCUGUCAUUUCAGUGUUUGCUCUGGAAAUGCUGCGGGGUGAUGUGGGCAGUAAGGAUGCCCACCCCAGAGCAUGAAGACCUACCCUUGCUCCUCUGGAGUGUGCUUCCCGGGUGCCCAGGCAGACUACCCUUGCUCCUCUGGAGUGUGCUUUCCGGGUGCCCAGGCAGACUACCCUUGCUUCUCUGGAGUGUGCUUCCCGGGUGCCCAGGCGGACUACCCUUGCUCCUCUGGAGUGUGCUUCCCGGGUGCCCAGGCAGACUCAAAUACAGUUCUAUGCUUGUACUUCACACUUGAUUUUAUUUCCGUAUUUUAUUUAAAUAUAAAGUUUCUUGGGUUUAGAAACGAAGUAGACCUCAAUAUAAAUUAGCAGUUAGAAUGACAGCUAAAACAUCCCAUAUUUGUGAUCCUGGAUUUUAAUGCCUCCUUUUUUAUUUUUCUUAUUCUUUGUAUAAGACAUAACAUGCUAUAUAAUUUAACUUAUGAACAGUGCAAUGAUCUUUUGUCUUAUUGCAAAGCUUUAAAUAUAAAUUGCAGAGUGCUUCUGUAAAACACUACUGUUUGUUGUUUGUUAUUGUGUAAUAAUAUUUUCAGACAUGAAAGUGAAAUUCAAACAUGUGUAACUUAACUUCAGAUUGUCAGAUUUCUUAAAAGGACACUGUCAGGCAAAUUUGAAAAUAUACACAUUGAGAAUAAUUUUUAUUAUAUCCUAUUUUAGUAUUAAUAGCGAUUGUAAACAAAAUUUUCUGAUUAAAUAGCAGCUUCAGUAUUGUGUCAUGUUUUACAGUACCAAAACAGUUCUGGAUAUCUCUGACAUCUCAACGUAAACCAUUCCUUUGAUUGACAUAGCAUGUAUACAUACCACAGAAGGGUUUUUUAAUUAAUUGCAAUGUAUGUCUUAUGUAUUGACUAGAGCAAAUGGCCUUCUUAUCCUGAUUCACAACACCUGUCCCACUCAGUAUUCUUUGUCAUGAACAAAAACAAGUCUAUGUUUGUAUGUCAUAGAAACCAUGAAACCACUAUUCAGUGAUACUAGGUAAAGUGUUUGGGUUUGGUGCUUUUAAUAAUAAUUUAUCAAAAAGUCUUUUGGAGUAUUUCAUAAAUGUUUUAAAACAUUUUACCACUACCUUUUUAUUAUCGACUUUUUAUUAUUGAUAUUCUAGACCAAACAGAUCGACUUUUGGAAAUCCAAUUGCUUAAUAUUAGGAAAAAAUUGCAGUUCUUGUUUCUGUCAAGUUAUGUAACUUUUUUACCCUGUAAACACCUAGGUUCUUUACUGUUUUUUUAUUCUUUCAGUAGGCAUACGUGCACACAUGUGAGUGCACACAUGCAGACCUCCAGGCAUACACACAGUCACACACACACACAUACGCAGCACUGUGCUAAACAACAUAUGGGGUUUGGAAGUGAGAAAACACAUUAUAGCCAAUGUUAAAGGCCCCAAACCCCAAAAAAUAGCAUAGGUAAGUUGAAGUUAACAUAAAUGAUGCUUAAAUGUGAAGGGUAUAAGGAAGGGUGUGAAGUGUAGGGUAAGGGGAAGUGCCCUGGAAAGGGGGCUUUUGAGUCAGACGUGGAGGGAGGCUGGGAAAGAUGUGAGCCCCAGGCUUCAAGAAUUGCUGGAUGGACUAGCCUAUUCCUCGUGACCAUAUAAAUUUAACUUUCUGAAAUCUCGUUUCUUCUAAGUACCCUGUAUUUAGCAUGAAAAUGACGGGUCUGUGAUAGUGUAUGUGAUUGUAUAUGUAUAGUUUCUUAGAGACAGAUGAACUGAGCGGUCACUUGCCACCACGUAAACCUUUGUUGAGAGUCAGAAAGGAGACCAUGACUGGCUCAGAUAUGCAGUGUCAUGAGUGCUCUGUCAUGGUCCUUCAAGAUGGUGGGUCUCUUUCAACUGAUGACACAGCACUGAGAAAAAAGAUUGGUUCAGGGCAACUACAAUCACUUAGUAAGCCUUAAAUAUAGCCAUUAUUUUUGUAUCAGCAGCACAAAAUAAAGCCAAAAGUCCUUAAUCACUGACAGUUUUAUCAUAUUUUAGUAUUUAUUUAAAAUCAGGAUAGAGUAGGCAUUAUGUUUUAUUAGAAAAAAUUUAUUCCUGAUGAGAUAUUUCCCUAUUUAUUAAAAGUGCAAUUUUCAAUAUGUUAUUAUUUUUGCUGAUUUCCCCAAUCUUUCAAUUUUUUCAAUGUAAGAUUGUGAUAUUCCAGUAUUGUUACCAUUUGAGAAGUAUGGAGGUAAAUUCAUACUCAUUUAGUAUUCAUGAUACAUUUUAAAUUUGCAUCCUAGUUCUAGCACCAAGAGUUAGUUGACUAGUGUAAUAUACAUCACGAACUAGGAACAAAGCUAGUAACUGAACACAGGUGUGUCUGCUACCAAACUUAGCCCUCUCUUAAACCUGCACAAUCUAUAGAAUUGACCACAUAUAUUUUUACUUUGUAACAUGUCACAUAUUUGAAGAAGUAAUCAAAUAAUAUCAAAUCCUAAUAGCAUUUUUAGAGUAUAAAAAUAUAUAUUUUCACCCUGACAGUGACCCUUGAUUUAUGAUUUUUGGAAAUAGACUAUAGUGAAUGUAACUCAAAGUUGUCAAAAUGUUAGACAUUUCAAAUUUUUUUCUUAUUUAUAUUACUAAUAAAGAACUUGUGGACUUUCACUUUCCUUACUUAAUGUCUCCUUUUAAGUGAAAAGCUUAAAACAAACUGAAACCUUGUGUGCUAUGCUGAUGUAGUUGAAUAAAUGGUUAUGUGUAUUUGUUCUUAUAUAGAUAGUAACAUGAAUGUGACAUGCAGAAAUUGUCCUAUAAUUUUCCAAUAAGUGUAUGUAAACUUUGGUGUGGUAACUAUUAAAGUGGCUAUUUAUUUCA